ACAGGAAGUGUCUCUCCUCUAUGGCUUCAGUUAGCUUGACUGACUGUUGGUACCAGCAGCUUCACCAUCCUCCCACAACACAACACACUGACUCUGUACUACAACACAAUGGAGCUGUAAUGUCAGCGACGGGCGAUACUAGAGCAUCUUCUCAAGAGUACUGAAUCUGUGUAUGGAUUUAAUGAUGAUGAAAAAGAAGAAAUUCAAAUUCAAGGUGGAUUUUGAGCUGGACGAGCUCUCGUCAGUCCCCUUUGUCAACGGUGUCCUCUUUUGUAAAGUCAGACUACUGGACGGCGGGUUCUCCGAGGAGUCUUCUCGGGAGCCAGUGCAGGCCAACUGUGUUCGAUGGAGGAAAAGGUUCUCUUUCCCCUGCAAGAUGAGUGCUAAUGCAGGAACAGGUGUAUUGGACCCUUGUGUGUGUCGUGUGUCUGUCAGAAAGGAGCUGAAAGGUGGGAAGGCAUAUGCAAAGCUUGGUUUUACAGAUCUGAAUUUAGCGGAGUUUGCCGGCUCAGGGAAUACAACCCGCAGAUGUCUGCUGGAAGGCUACGAUACCAAAAAUACUCGUCAGGAUAACUCCAUUCUCAAGGUUGUCAUCAGUACACAGCUCAUGUCAGGGGAUCCCUGUUUUAAAACGCCUCCCUCCACAGCCACAGUGAUCGGGAUCCAGGGUGAUGGAGAGAGCCUGCUGGAGGAGAGGAGGGGAGGGGACUCACAGAAAAGCUGUUCUGAGAGUCGUGAAGGGAAGUGUCCUGUUGUUUCUGAUGAGCUUGGGGGCUGUGGCCACUCCCGAACGUCCAGCUACGCCAGCCAACAGUCCAAACUCUCAGGCUACAGCACAGGUCACUCCCGCUCCUCCAGCAUGUCAGAGUUCAGCCAUCGGAGAAAUCAUUCAGUGGGCAGCGCCUCAACGGGCAUCGGCAGCAUCCCAGAGCCCAACGAGGACCGGGACAGAGAGUCCAGACCCUGUCCCGCUCUACCUGAGCACCCAGUCCCCACCACCAUUAGCAACCCAGCGGGUACUCCAGUACGGAGCGCUUCGUCCUGUGAACGUCUCAACAGACACCCAGUGAAGCAGGACUCCAUGGAGUCUCAGCUAAAGAGGAUGGACGACACACGAGUGGAUGCUGACGAUGUUGUGGAAAAGAUUCUCCAGAGUCAAGACUUUACACCCAGCCUACUGGACUCCAGUGCUGAAGAGGAAGGCUUGCGUCUGUUUGUUGGCCCGGGGGGAAGUACAGCCCUUGGAAGCCAUCACCUUCCCACCAGGGUUGGUGGUGGAGCGUACGAGCAGGUGGUGAUAAAGCGUUAGACCUGCAGCCUCUCAGAGGUGGACUGACAUUGCAUACAUCAAAAAAACGGAUGCAAGGCUGUGUUCGUUUCAAUCUGCAUUCCUACAGCACACACGUUACCUGAUCAGCACCGUGUAUGACCUGAUCACUGAACAGUUGACAUUACAACAGUGCCCUCCUGUGUUCAUAUCUCCUACAUGACACUGUAGAUUCCUGAUAGCUUUUUAAGAGCGAGAUGUAGACUGUUAUAAUCUCAGUGUAAACAUACAGAUGUGAAUUAAGAGAAAUGAAACAUUGACCAGAUUGUUCAAAACAUGUAUGUAACUGAAACUGUCCACUCCUGGGUGUUUUCUGGGUGUAGGUUAGCCUCAUAUUUUUGAGGUCAACUUUAUCACCCAGCAUCCAAACCCAACCCAUUUUAAACUGUUAGGAACUGGAAGAAAACUUUCUAAAUGGAGGAAACCAGGACAGACUGUGUGUGUAUCAUCAGAACGAACUGAAAUCUACACUGAAGAGGAGUAUGCGAUGCGUUUUCAAUACAUUCCUUUUAUCUCUGUUUGUUUUGGACUUCCUUUUCAAAUAGGAUGUUCUAUUUAAUGUUCGCCUAUAAGCUGCUAAAAAGCUGUAGUUGUUGGCACCCGUUGUGUUUUGAAGGCGAGAAUAUUUUACUACAAAGACGAGGCAUCAGACUUGACCUAUUUGACGUGUGAACGUGGAUUGUGUGUGUAUGUGUCUGCUAUGUGGUAAGACCACUUUUAUUAGUAACAGUUAUCCUGUUAUCUUGGAUGAGUGGAAGGGUGUGACAUGAUCUCUUGUAAGGAAUGUUAUUAUGGGUACUUGCAAAGAUAAAAUUGGGACAACAUGAUUUACAUGAUGCAAUUUGCUUACUUGAUAAAGAGGUUAUUGUUUGGCACACUGCUGAGGAUUCUUUUAGAAAAUCCUGCAGUAUUAAUCUGCCCUACAAAGGCAAAACGCAGUAACAACUUAUUUGGUAAAAACUAACAUUUGCUUCGCCAUAUAAUCAAAUAGCCAUUUCUGUUAAAACAGCUUUUAAAAUCUGCAGUUAUUACAAUUCGGAGCUUAAAACUAAUCCAAACAACAGUAACUGCACUCUGGCUGUAUAGAUACUGGCUUUGCAUUGCUCCCCGGGUUGCAAUAACUACACUUUGGUUUGGGCUCUAGAAGCCGUCACAUUUACUGCCCUCUGUUACAGAGAGACAGCCAACUAGACAGCUAUAGAAAAAGAGCUAUGUCAAUUGAAAGCUAGCUGGUGAGAUAUCACCAUGGCUUGCCUUAGCUAAAGGCAAAACAAUUUACUCACUGAUUUUUCCCUUGGUGUUACCUUUAAAUGGAAAAAUAUCCAUUUUGAUGAACUGACACCUUGGUAAUUCAGUUUCUUAUUCCAUAUACUAAAAUCCAAUCAUGAUGGCAAUAACCCAGCUAACCCCUGCUAAGGGUAACUAUCUUAGUAACUUCCAUCUUUGCUUUUGAAAUUCAUGUGUUUUGGUGUGAUUGAGCUACCUUCAAAUCACAUUUAAAUGUAUUAAAUUGUAAAUUAUAAUAUUGAUUUCAAUAUUAAAAAUAGAUGUACAGACAGACCUGGAAACAGAUCACUCAAAAUAAAGUUCAUUUUAACUAGUUUUAAAGAAAAAGAAAGCUGAAAGAAUACUUUGUUGAUAUAUAUAUAUAGUUUUACCCUCAAAUUCCCUAAAGAUUAUCCAAACACAGAGUGCAGUUUCUGCUUUUUUGUUUUCCUGUUUGCUAUGUAGGUCCUAUGGCACUGACAUUACAACUUGUUUGUUAUGCAGUUUGCCAGCCCUUUUUUCACUGCUUCUGUAAGUUACUGCUCUCUACCGUUGUAGGGCAGUAAAUACUUCGUAUAAUAGGGGCUUCUAUGAUGAACAUUACUAUAGAAGGGCAUAUAUCUAAUGCCCAGCGUUUCAGCUACGUAUCUAUUGUAUACCUGUGCUUUGCAAGUCAACUACAGCUUUCUGACCUGUUGACCAGGAAGCUCACAUCAGUGAACAUGUGCAAGAUCCUGUGAUGUACCAACAAUUGCAUUAAUGUGCAAGUGAUGCAUACUGUAGUUCGUUUCACUUUAGGAUUGUACAGUGAAGGACUAGUUAAGUAAUCCACUGCCAUGAAGAAAAUUUUGUGUUGUGUAUGUAUAUCUCCUAACAUCUUAGCAACUGUUAGAAUUGAGAACAAUCUUAUAACCCAUCUAAUAACCAACACAAUCAAUACGUGAUCGAUUAGUGCUACAGACAGAAAUCUAAUCUAACAAUAUAAAUCUGAUGAGUUUUGAAAUCCUGAUAGUGUCAUGCAUGUUGACUAUUUGCAUUUCAAGCCUAAUAGGAGAUUAAGUGCACAAUUUAUUCAGUUAGCAAAUUAACCAAAGUACACAACACACUGUUAUAACCUGGGAUCGUGUCAGGCCUAUGCAUAAGGAGAAUAUUAGACACAUUAUAAAUUGUAAUCUCCUGUCAUAAGCCAUAGUGGAGGUAGGAUAUUUCCUCUUCUAGAUAAACUAUAUACAUGUUUUAUCAAUUUCUGCACAAGCAUCAUCAGUGUAUGGUGUUUUAACUAUACGUCAAUGUUCUGUUUUUAUGUUUGUAUGUUCUGCAUGAUUAAGAUGUCCUUUUGUUAGCUUGCAGAACUUGACACAUUUGUGUUUUUCCUAAUUUGAUAUUGUGCCAUCUUUUAAUCUGAAUAUUUCCACACUGAAGGAACAAUUUUGCUUGCCUAUUUAGCAUGAAGGAAAUCAUUUUGUUCUCAUUACUUCAUGUUAAAAGCAGAUAUCUAACGUACGUCAGUGUUCUCAUUUUGUGUUUUUAUUUUCGGCAUGGUUUAAAUGUCCAAUGUUGAAAAUCACAUCUAUAGGAUAUCAUCGUCUUUGUUUUUUAAUCUUUCAUUGCUGAUAUUGUGCCAUAUUUUUGCUAAAUAUUCUAAUGUUAAGGGGGGGGAAGUGUUCUCACUACAUAGUUAAGUGUUAAGUUUGAUUUAUGGCUAUUAAAUAUCAACUAUUGGAGAUUUUUGUGUGCUUUUUGGAUAGAAGUCACUUGUUUUACCUGUGUGACACAGGUAUGUUCAUCUUGGUACCUAACAUGUUGUUACAAACAUGGUUUCUUCUCUUCUGUGAAGCUGUUGUCUAUAUAAAACUGUAAAAUGUAUUCUCCGGUAAAGUGAUGUUCUGACACUGUCCAGCGUUUCCUGUUACAGACUUGUUCUUUCGACCAACCUUUGCUUCCUUAACAAGUGUACUGGAUGCUUCAAAUGUGUACCUUGCACUGUUGAAUAAAACUGUUAAAAACCUUGA